CGUAAACGUGACGUAUGACGUAUGGCAGAGACGCUGAGGAUGAAGAUCGCCUUGCUGGGAGCCACUGGGCAGACUGGACAGUAUCUGAUCAACCAGGCGCUGCAGCAGGGUCACACUGUCACCGCCAUCGUCAGGAACCCGGGAAAACUUGGAGUGCAUCAUGACAAUCUCAAGGUGGUGGAAGCUGAUAUUUUCUCAGCAGACAGUCUGAAGACUCACUUCACAGGACAGGAUGUGGUCAUGUCCUGCCUCGGCUUCCCGGCCUCCUUCUUCUCGGGGGUGACGGGCUACACCCUGUCCAUGAACAGCGUGAUCAGCGCCAUGCGAGAGGCCCGGGUCAACAGGAUCAUCACCAUGACCUCCUGGUACACUGAGCCCAACUCAGGAGCACAGUCAUCUUAUCUCAUCCGCUUCCUCCUGAUACCGAUGAUCCGAAGCGUUCUCGCCAACAUGCAUGAGAUGGAGAAGUUUCUGGAGAAGACGGAGGACAUCAACUGGACGGUGGUUCGUCCACCUGGUCUAAAGAACCUGUCCGCCUCAGCUCAAGAGUUUCUGACCCAUGAGGGAUACUUUGUGCCCACCAGCAGUGGAAACCCUGCAGGCAGCGCAGUGGGAAGAGGAGACGUGGCUCGCUUCAUGCUCUCUUUACUCAACAGCAACGCCUGGAUCAAGAAGGGAGUCGCCAUCACUACCAAAUGAGAAAGAAGAAACCACUGCAGCCAGUCGCUGUUUUCAGCAGACAGACAGAGUUGAUUAAAAGGAGCUUAAAAGAAAGUAAAUAUUGGAAUUGAAUUCAUCAUUAUACCAGAAAUACAACUCCAAAUAAAUGUUGCUCUGUAUCUAAGCAACUGUUGCGAACAAGUUCACCAAAACAACUUCAUAAGGUGAUAAAAUGUCAAUGUUGUGCGUGAAUUAUCAAAAAAUGUAAUUAUUACAGGUACAAAUAUAGACAGACAUUAUGUUUCCAUUAAGCUGGAUAAACCCACAAACAGUUGUCACUGUAACUAUUAGAAUAACCAGUUCAUUUACAAGCCAAAAACUUUCGUCAUGUUACAUACCACUACAGCUAAUUUGGUUAAACUGGCCCUUUAACUAAAUGUCUACUUACUGCCUUUGUAAUCUUCUACUGGAUAGAACUGUUCAAACGCCUUAUACAGCCUAAUCUGUCUGAUGAAUGUGUUUUUAUUUACUACUGUUUGACAUAUUCUUGUUUUAUAUGUUUGAAAACCUCAUUCCAUUCAUUUAUGUUGGUGUUUCUACCAUCAGUGGUAACCACUUAUUACUCCAUGAGGGCUCAGAGCACUUACACACAGGAUUGAAGUACACGAUUUAAUCCACAUGGGAGCAGCGUUACACCAACAGCACGUCCAUAAUGUGCUCUUUAAUUACAGCUACUGUUGCACCAUUACAUUACAUUACAGUCAUUUAGCAGACGCUUUUAUCCAAAGCGACUUACAAUCAGUAGUAUAUUACAUAUCAUUCACACACUGAUGACAGGCUACCAUGCAAGGUGCCACCAUCAGACUCUAACUAACAUUCAUACAACAUCCAGUGCACACCGAUGGCAAGCCUUCGGGAGCAACUUGGGGUUAAGUGUCUUGCCCAAGGACACAUCGACUACCUUGCUCUCCACUACGCCACAGCCGCCCACCAUGCAUUCACAUGAGUACUUAACAUCCAAAU